CACUUCUUGCGCUCCGUGGAACGCUGAGUUGUCUUGCGCCUCCCGAGGCUUUCAAUAGUUUGGAUGCAUCACCUCCCGCGCCUGCCGCAGAGGUCGGAAGGUAUGGAAGAUGGCGGUGCAGGGAAAGCAGGAGGACGAGUAGGCGGAGGAGGCGAAGGACACCUCCACCCCCCGCCGCCCCCCGUCGCCCGUCGCCCCCCGCCGAGGCGCCCAGGCCCGCCGGACGCCGGGGUGCCGCCCGAUAGUUGCGCGGCGCUCCCCUCCCCGAAGAUGGCGGCCGAGCCGCCGCGGUCGUGCCUGCGCAAGCGGGGGCAGCCGCGCAGGCCGUCGGCGCCGGACCGCGCGGUGGUGACCGGGCGGGUCUUCGUGGCGCCCACGCCGGGGGCCCCCGAGGCGGGCGAGGCGGCGGGCGAGGCGGGGCCCCCGCCGCCGUGCCGUGCCGACGCGGGCGGCGGCUGGCAGGCCUCCUGGCAGGCGAGCGCGAGCGCGCUGCUGAAGUACGACGUCAAGGCCUUCGCUCGGGGCGUGCUCGACGACGCCAACGAGGUCGCAGGCCGCGUCAGGCCGUGGGCCGUGCGCGGGGAGGCCUACCAGGACCAGAGCCAGCACCCGCGGCCGGGGCCCGAACACGAGGUGCCCCGGACCGGAGGUAUCCCAGAUCAGUUGAGCGUGUACCCCAACUGCUCCUGCGUGGCGCUGGUGCAGUGCGGCGUGCGCAUGCGGCUGCCCAUGAAGAUCUUCGCGCACAACUUCGUGGAGCUCGUGCACGGGUCCACCCGCGUCGCCGUCUGCGCCGACGCCGCGGGGGCCCUGCGCCGCUGGGCGGUGCUGUCGCUGGACAUGGUCAACGACAGGCGCGCUGGGCGGCCCGCGUGGAGCGGCUGGUCGUCGUACGACCGCUCGGGCGCGGACCUCCCCGAGAGCAUCGUGCAGCGCGAGGAGUGGGACUGGACGUACCGGACCGACUACGCCCCCAGCGCGGGCGUUGCCAGAG